GCCAUGCGGCUGCGGGAGUGCUCCCUGCGCCAGGACCCCGACCUGCGGCAGGAGCUGGCCUCGCUGGCCCGCGGCUGCGACUUCGUGCUGCCCUCCCGCUUCAAGAAGCGGCUCAAGGCCUUCCAGCAGGUGCAGGUGCAGAGGGAGGAGCCGCGGCCGCCGCCGAGCAGCCAGACCAUCCCCGCCUUCUACUUCCCCCGCGGCCGCCCCGAGCACGCCGCCCACGUGGACGCCGUCAUCGCCAGGAUCGAGGGCGUCUUCGCGCAGUUCCCGAACGAGCGAGCCACGGCCGGCGACAUGGGCCAGGUGGCCAAGGCCUGCGGCUGCCCGCUCUACUGGAAGGGCCCGCUGUUCUACGGCGCCGGCGGGGAGCGCACCGGCUCGGUGUCCGUGCACAAGUUCGUGGCCAUGUGGAGGAAGGCCUGUCCUUCCUGAAGGAGGCGUCCGAGUUCCACUCCCGCUACAUCACCACGGUCAUCCAGAGGAUCUUCUACACCGUGAACAGGUCCUGGUCCGGCAGGAUCACCUGUGCGGAGCUGCGGCGGAGCAGCUUCCUGCAGAACGUGGCGCUGCUGGAGGAGGAGGCGGACAUCAACCAGCUGCCCGAGUUCUUCUCCUACGAGCACUUCUACGUCAUCUACUGCAAGUUCUGGGAGCUCGACACCGACCACGACCUCUUCAUCGACGCGCAGGACCUGGCCCGGCACAACGACCACGCCAUCUCCUCGCGGAUGAUCGAGCGCAUCUUCUCCGGAGCCGUGACCCGAGGGCGCAGGGUGCACAAGGAGGGCCGGCUCAGCUACGCCGACUUCGUGUGGUUCCUCAUCUCCGAGGAGGACAAGAAGACGCCGACCAGCAUCGAGUACUGGUUCCGCUGCAUGGACCUGGACGGGGACGGCGCGCUCUCCAUGUUCGAGCUCGAGUUCUUCUACGAGGAGCAGCGCCGGCGGCUGGACAGCCUGGGCAUCGAGCCGCUGCCCUUCCGGGACUGCGUGUGCCAGAUGCUGGACCUGGUGAAGCCGCGGAGCCCAGGCAGGGUCACUCUGCAGGACCUGAAGCGCUGCAAGAUGGCGCACGUCUUCUUCGACACCUUCUUCAACGUGGAGAAGUACCUGGACCACGAGCAGCGGGAGCAGGCGGCCCUGCUCAGGGACAGCGACAGCGAGGGCCCGGAGCUCUCCGACUGGGACAGGUUCGCCGCUGAGGAGUACGACGUCCUGGUGGCCGAGGAGGCCGCGGGCGAGGCCUGGGACGACGGGCUGGAGGCGGCGCUGAGCCCGGUGGAGCAGAAGCUGCGGUCCCCGCGGACGCAGAGGCCCUGCUGCGGGGCGCCGGCCGCCGGGGACGUGGACCUGUACGAGUUCGCGUGCGGGGACGAGGACCUGGAGCCGCUGUGACGCCC